ACCUAAGAGCAAUGUGAGAAUACUCAGGUUCGAAUUCUACUCAACAUGGGUGGCUGAUGUUAGGCCAAUCAUGAUCUUUCAGCAAAUCUAUUGCGCAGAGAAUAAAAGUAAAAUAGAGGAAUACUGCAUACCAUUAUUUGCCCCUGAAGGAAAAUGAGGGCAUACAGAGUACAAUAAAGAAAAUAAACGUUGCUGUUAGUUGUUCAGAGAUCUUUGAAAAAUGUCCUACAAAUUUUAUAGAAUAGAAUAGAAUAGAAUAGAAUUUAUUGGCCAAGUGUGAUUGGACACACAAGGAAUUUGUCUUGGUGCAUAUGCUCUCAGUGUACAUAAAAGAAAAGAUACGUUCAUCAAGGUACAACAUUUACAACACAAUUGAUGAUCAAUAUAUCAAUAUAAAUCAUAAGGAUUGCCAGCAACAAGUUAUAGUCAUACAGUCAUAAGUGGAAAGAGAUUGGUGAUGGGAACUAUGAAACGAUUAAUAGUAGUGCAGAUUCAGUAAAUAGUCUGACAGUGUUGAGGGAAUUAUUUGUUUAGCAGAGUGAUGGCCUUCGGGAAAAAACUGUUCUUGUGUCUAGUUGUUCUGGUGUGCAGUGCUCUAUAGCGUCGUUUUGAGGGUAGGAGUUGAAACAGUUUAUGUCCAGGAUGCGAGGGAUCUGCAAAUAUUUUCACGGCUCUCUUCUUGAUUCGUGCAGUAUACAGGUCCUCAAUGGAAGGCAAGUUGGUAGCAAUUAUUUUUUCUGCAGUUCUAAUUAUCCUCUGAAGUCUGUGUUUUUCUUGUUGGGUUGCAGAACCGAACCAGACAGUUAUAGAGGUGCAAAUGACAGACUCAAUAAUUCCUCUGUAUAUGAAAGUUAAUUAGUGUAAUAGAAACAGCAACCUAUAAAGAAAAAUACUGUUGUGGGAGAAUGAUUCCUUAUUGUCAAUUUGUAGCGUUGAAGAAGUUUCCAUACCAUUAUUUCACUGUUCAUGUGCUGGUAGGAAAUAAGUAAGCUGAGUAAGCUGUGAUUCUUUUAAUGUGGCACAGUGCAAUUAUAUUUAAAAAAAUGUAUAAAUUGCAACAUGUAUUAAAUGUCAAAAUACCUACUCUGAAUUAUGAAUUCAAAUGACAUUAUUUAAAAACAUGCAAGAAAGCAUCUUCAUAAUUAUAUGUUAUCAACACAGAGACAGAUUAGCUAUUCUUUUAACAUAAUUAAUUUUAUGCACAAUGCAUUUGUUUAUGGUAUUUGUCAUUAUUCAUCAAUAUAAUUACGAAUUACUGAGGAUUGUUUUCUAGAAUCUUUUUAGUUAUUUUAAUUGCCAGUUGAUUUCCCUUCAUUUCCACAUUUCAGAUUCUUUAUUAUUUUAACUACUGGGCGUUAUUCCAUAUUAGCUGCUAUCUAAAUUGUUACAUUUAAAUUUAACUUUCAUCUUCUUCCUCCUUCUCAAGUUGAGCUUGACUCCUGGUGACUUCACAGAAAUACCAAUUUUUAGUUGCCUCUCAUUCAAGUGUUUGAAUAUAAAUUGAAUGAAUUGAUACAUUUAUUUAUUUAGAAAUUUUACACUGCUGCUCAUUUUAAAUAACUCUGAAGAGCUAACAGUCUAAGGAGCCAAAACAAAAAAUGUAUGAUAAAACUCCCAAUAAAAAGAACAAAAAAUACAAUAAAUUCUCAGACACCCAUAAUUAAUUCUCAACACAAAAACAUGUGAGGUUCUUAUAAAACCCUCACUCCGAUGCCUGGGAGAAACGCAUCCCAGAAGUCCAAAACAGUUUGAAUCUCAGAAUGGAGAGGAGGCUGUUCAAUAAAUCAGCAACUGCAAUUGGGUUCAAUCCAGCUGGAUUAGCCAAGGUUGUUUAGUGUUGUGGCCACCAUCCAUUACAACCUUAAAGCAAUACCAAUUAAAUUAAUUCCGCUUUAGGAUUACAGCAUUUUGUAUUUUUCUUUCAUCACAUCAAGGCACAGGUCACUUCUGCAGCCACUGGAUGACCCGACCCCCUAAAAGCGAUAUCUGAACCAUAGUAACAGGCCACCAUGACUAAACUCAGCCAUGGCAAUGAAGCCAAAACAAACUGAACCUGUUACGGUUUGGCACAGGGAUGAACUACAUACAAUCCAUGGGCUGCAGGUGAUCUCACAGAAUGCCUUUUGCAGCCCCAAAGCAGUCAUGAAAUGAGAAGGGUUUUGUGCAUAGGAAGCAAAAAAUGUUAGUGUGGUCUUUUUUGUAACUGGAGUUAAGAGACAAAUACGGGUGCCAUUUCAUUCAUUUAAAAUAUGUGGAAAACCAUUGUCAGCCAUUUAAUUUUUUCAGAGAGACAAUGGAUCUGUAAGCUUUAAGCACGAUUUCCAAAGUGUUCAACUAUACAAAAAACAAACCUUGCUAAAAAAAACACACACACAACCCCUGGUAAAGUCACGGCAUCUUCAGUAACAUCUCUAUGAUGUCAAAUACUUUUUUGUCUUUUUUUUUUUUUUGGCACGGAAAAGUGAGAAUAUUUUGCCUCAUUUCCAUUUGAUUUGUCAUUCUUGCCACGAUUUCUCUUUUUUUCCUUCCUAUUGCUGCAAUUGGAUUUUACUGUCAUUUGUUUUGAUUAUGAACUGCCCAGAGCAUUAUAGAAGUUUAACAGAAAAAAUAAAAAUAAAGAAAUAGAAUUCAUGAAUAUCUGCAGUUUGUUUUUGUCAAAUUAAAAAGCAGCAUUAUGUUGCCAUGCCAUAAGAUUUAGGUAGGUGUGCAUCAUGACACAAAUCUAAAAAUGGCAGGUAUUGGCUAGUGAUGGCAAGAAGCUGCUUUUAUCCUUCCGUCCCACUCUUGACUCCCCUGCAGACACUACUGAAUGCACUCAGAAUUGUACUAAUCCUGUAAUGUGGACCAUAGGUUGCUUCCAUUGCAGAACAGACUGGGAUUCUGAUUGUACACUGUGCACUCUAGCAGAAACUGGACUGGCCUUAUUCAAGGUUUUGCUCCACGCAUACCAGUCUCUAAGCAACUAGAUUUCCUGGCAAAUUGCCUUGCUCUUUAUAUAAUCAGGCAGAUGGUCAGCAUUGUCUGGCAAAGUCCUGUGCAGAUGCUGAGAACCAGUGUUGUCGCGGGAUGACUCAGGGCCCGCCUAUCUGUGGUCUCUGAAAUAUGGAACAUUUCCUGCCAAUUUGCAGGCAUCUACGCCUGUCAAAGAUGUAACGCUUCAUACAGGUCUUCCUAUACCAAUAGCUUUUCUUUCAUUUUUGUUUUUCUUCUUCCCUUGCUGAACCACAAAUUAGGCUUGUGCCGUUUUAUGUAGUUUUGCCUUUCAACUGUUGAUGGUCAACCGCUUCAGGAUGGGGAGCCACGUACAAAUAUACAGUAUAUAAUUUAGCGGCGACUAAUAAUCACACCGAGCAGAAACGUGGGACACAGAAAGAACCGCGUGCCUAUAGCAACCUAUUUGGAAGCAAGCCUCGUGCAAAUCUAAUAAGCUUCCUCUUAAGUAACACGCCAGAGUCAUAAGACAACCGCAAAAAAGGAACGCUCGCUCUGUGGGCAGAAAGACUAGCUCCGCCGGCUUCAGCUUUUGCUACGGAGCAUGCUCGGCAGCUUCAGCUCGUGCAUCGCCGCGGAACCCACGAUGAACUCGAGCGCCGCGGGCCCUCAAACCUUCUCCAGUCCCGUGCAAUUUCCUGGUGGAACCACAGUCCUUGUUGAACUCACUCCAGAUAUCCACAUUUGUGGUCUCUGCAAACAACAAUUCAAUAAUCUUGAUGCCUUUGUUGGUCACAAAAGGAGUGGUUGUCAGCUGUCUGGCACAACAGCUGGAGCUACCAGUACAGUGCAGUUUGUGGCUGAAGAAACAGUGCCAGCCUCACAAGCACAAACUGUUGCAAGAACCAUCACAUCAGAAACACAAACCAUCACAGUAUCAGCACCCGAGUUUGUUUUUGAGCAUGGAUACCAAACGUACCUGUCUGGUGAGAACAGUGAACCUCGGACAGCUACUCUUGUUACCACUCCACCGAAAUCACGCAGCAAAAAGUCCAACACAUCAGUGGCGCAGAAGAAAUUCAACUGCAGCUACCCAGGUUGUCAGUUCAAGACAUCAUACGGAAUGAAAGACAUGGAAAGGCACUUAAGAACACACACAGGUGACAAGCCCCAUAAAUGUGAAGUUUGCGGCAAGAGUUUCAGUCGAAAAGACAAGCUGAAAAUGCACAUGCGCUCCCACAGCGGAGUGAAACCUUACAAGUGUAAGCACUGUGACUAUGCAGCAGCCGAGAGCAGCAGCCUAAACAAGCACCAGCGCAUCCAUUCCGAUGAGCGUCCUUUCAAAUGCCAGAUCUGUCCUUACGCCAGCCGCAAUUCCAGCCAGCUCACCAUUCAUCUCAGAUCACAUACUGGAGAUGCUCCUUUCCAGUGCCGUCUGUGCCCUGCCAAAUUUAAAAUCAACUCUGACUUGAAGAGGCACAUGCGUGUGCACACAGGGGAGAAGCCUUAUAAAUGUGAGUUCUGCGAAGUCCGGUGUGCCAUGAAAGGUAACCUGAAGUCCCACAUCCGCAUCAAGCACAACAUGGAGAAUGCCUUCAAAUGCCUCAUCUGCAAGUUCCAGUGCGGGAAUAAGACAAGUCUCCGGCAGCAUCUGCGCAUCCACCAGCCCGAGCAGCCCGUCAAAUGCUCAGAGUGCAGCUAUUCCUGUUCCAACAAGGCGACCCUCAAAGUGCACGAGAGGAUUCACUCCAAGGAUCGCCCUUUCAAGUGUGAGUUCUGCCGUUUUGAUACCAAGCAACGGAGCAAUCUAACCACCCAUGUGAAGAAAACCCAUCCCGAUAAGAUCAGGGUCAGAGAAAAGAUAAUAGGUCAAGGGGAAGGUGAUCGGCCAAAGGAAGGCACCUCCAAACAAGUUGCUAAGCUGGAGGCCAGGAAAGCCUUCAGAUGUGAUCUCUGUGAGGCCUCCUUUGUCCGGGAGGACUCUCUGAGGAGCCAUAAAAGGCAACAUGUUGACUAUAAUGGAAAUAAAACUUCAGAGCUGGCUGUCCUGCAGUUCCAGAUGGACCCCACCUCACAUGGUGAUACUCCUAUUACAGUUAGUCAUCUGCAGAUGCCAUUGCACACUUCCCCCUAUGGGGAAGGGCAGGUCAAGAUCAUUGUUGGGCAUCAGCUGCCUCAGGGCAGCAGCUUGGAACAAGGAGGUCAAGUCAAUAUUGUGUCUCCUACCUUAAUAACUCAGAAUCAGGACGAUCUGUCUAGCAGUAACCAGCUGCAAAUACUGCAGCAGGUGAGUUUAUUGGCUCCACCCCUUCCUGUUGGGUCUCCAGCAGAAAGCCUUUCGGUCAGUCAACCCACAGUCCUUCUCACAACUCACAACCAAGCUGAUGGAAGCACAUCAAACCAGACCCUGAUCUCUACCAUUCCAGUAGGCAGCCAUGAGGUCUCAGCUAACCAGGCCUUCAUCAAUGGCACAGGGAUCAGCUGCUCGGAUUUGGAAGGGCUCAAUGCUUUAAUUCAAGAAGGGGCAGAAGAAGUGACAGUGAUGGUGCUAGAACUCAAGCUGAGGUUUGAGAGGAAGGACACGAUGAAAGAACAGGUCAAGCACCAUUCUAGGUCCAGGAGGAGAUUUCUAGCCCAGGGUUCAGCAACCUGUGGCUCUGGAGCAGCAUGUGGCUUUUUCACCCUUCUGCUGUGGCUUCCUGUCACUCAAAAUAUGCAUCACAACUGCCAAAGUGCAACACCUGCCGGCACGUGAUUUAUUGAGCUUCUCAAUCCCUGUAGGCCAACCAUAGAUAAAUCCAAGAAAAGUGUCAGAACAUUUAAUUCAACUACAUAUGCUAGUUUUGUGGCCACUCAAGAAAUAGUCAGGCACGGGAAAGGUUUUGUGGCUCCCGGUGUUUUCUUUUCUUUGGGAAAUGGGUCCAAAUGGCGCUUUUGAGUGUUUAAGGUUGCAGACCCCUGUUCUAGCCCUGGCAUUUUGAGCUUUAUCUAGAGAUCAUGGGUUCUUUGGUUUUACAAAGUAGAUACGGCCAGUAAAUUAUCACCUGUACCAGUUUAUAAUACUCAUCAGCUCCUUCACUGCUCCUAGGCUACAUGUUUACAACUUAGAAAACUAUUUUUUAAAAAAAUAGGAAGAACUAAGAUGAAGUAGAGUAAAAGAACUGAAAAACAGAAUGUUGGCUUGCAGUGUUGUAUAUCAUACUCGCCAGAGAAGAGAAUAGGUGAGUCUGGUAGAAGAAGAUUGGGUGCAACCAUGCUUCCUAAAUGGAAUUGUAGAAAGUUGAGAAAAUGAGGGAGGAAGAAAGAAGUGUUCUGCUCUCUGAGGAACAGAGAUUUAGAAAAGAUGUCUUUCCUUGUUUCUGGCCUGAGUGAGAACCAGUUGGGGAAUUGGAAAUGGGAACAGAAGUAUAGUUGUUGGAGGUGAAGGGAACUGGGUGAAUUUGGAUUGCAGAGAAGUUGAAUAAGUUGUGAGGUAAGGAUAGUUGAUGAAAGGGAGAAUAAAGUGUAACAUGCACUGAGAAUAUUGUCUGGUCUGUUUAGAAGAAGGAAACUUAUACAAGACAAAAAUCUGAAUAGAGCUGGAAGGGACCUUGGAGGUCUUCUAGUCCAACCCCCUGCUCAAGCAGGAAACCCUAUACCAAUGGUGAAAUCCAAUUUUUUUUUUACUACUGGUUCUGUGGUAUAGCUUCGUGGAUGUGGCAGGGGAAUGAUACUGCAAAAUCCCAUUCCCUCCCCACUCCGGGGCAAGGAUAUUGCAAAAUCUCCAUUCACACCUCACUCUGGGGCCAGCCAAACAACUUGCUGGUUCUCUGAACUACUCAGAAUUUCCACUACCGCUUCUCCAGAACCUGCUGGAUUUCACCCCUGCGCUAUAUCAUUUCAGAUAGGUGGCUGUCCAGUCUUUUCUUAAAAACCUCCAGUGAUGAAGCACCUACAACUUCUGAAGGCAAGCUGUUCCACUGGUUAAUUGUCCUCGCUGUUAGGAAAUUUCUCCUUAAUUCCAGGUUGCUUCUCUCCUUGAUUAGUGAUAGUAGGAAGAUAGUCAAGAGCAAGUAUCGGUUGGGAGGGUAAGGGAGCCAUACUAAAGGGGAAAUUGGAAAUGUGAUGCUAAUGUCCCUAAAUCUUAAUUCUUGGGCAUCUGAUUUACUGGAUGCCAAGGCUUAGAAUGGUGCUUUUGAAUGCCCGGUCCACUCAUGAUAAUGUAGCCUUGUUGACAAUGUAAUUGUGGAUGGAUCUGACCGAAAGCUGGCUGGAUGAAAUGGAGGCAUUUCUGUUGCUGAAAUCUGUUCAACCAUGUUUUGGGUGCUGCAUCAGUCCCCAUCACAUAGCAAGAGAAAUGGAAUAACAGUUGUGCACUGGGAGGGUGUGCUUAUUGCAAGGACAGUACUACAAAUAGCCAGAUAUUAGACCUUCUUCAUGAGCUUAGGCCAAAGGGUCAGGUUUAGAGAUGCUGCUAUGCUUUCAGCUUCAUUGCAAACUCUCUUCCUGAGCUCAGUUUUAUUACAAGUGGAAGUUUCGGCCAUUCUGAAACCAUUGCUGGUCUACCCAUAUCUCCAAUCUUCCUCAGUGGGAAAGACUACUAAGAGUACCCUAGUUUGGCAGGGUAAAAAUUACAGAGAUUUUUGGAGGACAUGGGUUAGACAUGCAAUAGAAAUCACAUUGGUCAUUCUUGUGGACAACUUGUGCUGGGAUUUGAAAGUUACCAUUACUAUGAGAUUCCUUCCUGAGUUGACAGGCCAGAUCAGGGGUCAGAGAGAGGCAGGGGUCAGAUCUUCAGUUGCUGUGGUAUGAACUGCCAGAGGAUCCUUUUUAAUGUCUAUAUGAAGCUGUUGUAAGAAAUAAUCCAUCAGUUUGGGGUAUGAGAUCAUCAAUAGGCAGAUUAUGUAUCUCCACUCCAAAGCCAGUGGGAGAUACAGAUGAUCCUAUACUUGGUAACUGUCAAGACUUGGAAAGGAGAAAUUGAAACAUUGAUUCAGUCUAAACCAAGCAGAUGGGAGGAACUAUUGAUUCAGAAGCUUAGUGAUUCCACCAGGACAAUUCAAACUUUAACAAACUUCAUGUUUGUGUUUCUCGGGGGGGAAAAAAGAGGGCUUUGCAAUCUCUUGGGUAAAGUCAAGAACAGGCAAAGGCCAUAGAUUGAAGAGCCGUUGCCCAACUCUAGCUACGGCUCCAAUGAUCUUGAACCUGAGAGCCAUCAAACUUUCCCUUACCCAUCUCUCAGAUUACUGUAAUUCAGUGUACAUGGUACUUCUCUUGAAAAUCAGCCAGAAACUCUAGCUGUUGGAAAUGUAUUGAUCAACAUGCAGUCAUCCUACUGCCAUAGUACACCUUUGCCGCAGGAGCUUGGGUGUUCUGGAUGCAAUUCAGGUUGUUGGUUGCUGUUAAAGCCCUAUAGGGGGGUCUCAGUCCUGGUAUCUAAGGAACUGCUUUUCCCAGAUAGAUCCUUCCCACCCAGUCCAAGUAGCCAGAGAAUGCUUGCUAAAAGUCCCUCUUAUGAGGUGUGAGAGGGCUGUGAAUUUAUAAGUUAUUCUCUGUAGGGGCUCUUCUCUUGGACAGCUUCCUUCUGGAUGGUUUUCACUCUCAUGACCUUCUGGAAGCUUGUAAAGACUUGAGAAUUCCAGAAAAUGGUUCAGGAAUUAAUUAAUGUGAAGUGACUAGCACUAUUGUUAUUUUUUAUUGUCUGUAUUAUGAUUAGUAUUACUGAUAUUUGUUUUAAUUUAUUAGUAUCUGUAUAGUGCCUAGAGUCUACUAGGAUUCAGGUGGUAUAUAAAUUGCAUAAAUAAAUGAGUGAUAUUUCUUUAGCAUUAAAAUCAU